CCUACCCUCUCUCUUGUUUAGCCCACCCACCUCGUGCUCAAGUCUCCCAACAAAAGACCACCACCUCCCCACUCCUGCUCCCUUCCGCGACUCAAGUCUCCAACCAAAUUCCCUUCCGAUUCCUCCACUCCUCUCGCCCCCCGAGGCACACACUCCCCCAAACCCUAGCUCCCCCCUCCCCCGUCGUCGCCCCCCCGCGCCGGACCGAACCCGCGCCGAGCUCGGGCGCCGAAUUCGCGCCGCGGGAUGGGCUCCGACUCCAAGGAGCUGCUCGGGAUCGAGCCCCUCGAGCUCCGCUUCCCCUUCGAGUUCAUGAAGCAGAUCUCGUGCUCCAUGGAGCUCACCAACAAGACGGACGACUACCUCGCCUUCAAGGUCAAGACGACGAGUCCCAAGAAGUACUGCGUCCGGCCCAACAGCGGCAUUGUGCCGCCGCGGUCCACCAGCAGCGUCGUCGUGACAAUGCAGGCGCUGAAGCAGGCGCCGCCCGACAUGCAGUGCAAGGACAAGUUUCUCGUGCAGAGCGCUGUGGUGACGGAGGGAACUGCAGUCAAGGAUAUCACUGGAGAGAUGUUUAAAAAGGAAUCAGGUAAUGUGGUGGAUGAGGUGAGGCUCAAGGUUGUCUACGUGCAACCACCCCGACCACCAUCGCCUGUGCGGGAGGGAUCUGAAGAGGGUUCGUCGCCUCGGCCUUCAUGGUCAGAUGGGGCAAACAUAAAUUAUCAAGAUAUGCAGGCAACAAGGGAAUCUGAUGAGCCUCCAUUGUCCUCAGCGCACAAGGAACCAUCUGAGAUAACCACUGAGACGUCCCCGUUGAUUUCAAGAUUAACUGAAGAGAGAAACUCUGCUAUUCAGCAGAACAACAAGCUUCGUGAGGAACUGGACCUUGUGAGAAGGGAGAUCAGCAAGCAGAAUGGCAAUGGUGGUUUCCCGUUGGUGUUUGUGGUUGCCGUUGCUCUGCUGGGAAUUCUGCUGGGCUAUCUCAUGAAAAGAUAGAGGAUCCCUGUGCCUGCGUCUUGUUAGGUGCUGGGAAUUCUGCUGGGCUAUCUCAUGAAAAGAUAGAGGAUCCCUGUGCCUGCGUCUUGUUAGGUGCUGGGAAUUCUGCUGGGCUAUCUCAUGAAAAGAUAGAGGAUCCCUGUGCCUGCGUCUUGUUAGGCUCCUGUCCUCAUCAAAAUGGAGCAGUGUUGUCAUCUGCAUUCUGAUGCGCUCAUUUACAUGUGCGGCACUACUACUUAACAGCACAAUAUCUUAGGGUAUGAUGUCGCCUGUAGUCGCAAGCGUCAGACUGGGUUGACCAUCAUACCCGGUCGAGUAGUCGUCACGGUUAACCUUAUGGUUGUUUGUCAUAUAUGGCUACUGUUAGGUUGGGCACUAGUAUAACUUGGUAUAAUUGUUAAAAAUGACUUUCGCCUAUCUAGUGUUGAUUGCCUCGUGGUAUAUUUGAAGUAAACUAACGACUUGGAACGGAAAUUUCUCAA